AGUACCUAUGUGACGUGCAUGUUUGAUUUGCUAUAGAAUUAAUUUUUUUUUUUAUACUUAGUUGUAGACACCAGAAUCAGUACGUUCUUAAUAAAAUUUUGACUAAUAUUUAUUCAAAGUAAUAGAAAAUUACUGCAGUGUAAAGUGUACGAUAAUCGUUCUCAACGUUCAACAAUAUUUAAACCUUCGUUUUAUUGCGUUGUAUAAUAUCCAAUAUUAUUAAACAUGCAGUCAGCACCGACGAAUGAAACACGGGCAGCUGUUUGGAAACGCUGUAGAGUGAUCGGUGUUAUAAAUAUUGUAAUAGUAAUUCUUGCGUUGGUGUUUUGUAUAGUGGAGUUAGUGGAACUUAUAGCUCAUCCCAAAGAGUUCAGUGAUAAUGUUCAAAAACAUGGACAUAAGUUACCUAACAUGUAUAUUACCUAUUUUGCGAUGGGAAUGUGGAUCAUUAUAUACUGCCAAUUAAUAUACUAUAACUAUGGAUUAUUACGUGGAAGCACACCUAAUGAUGGAAUUGUGAUUAAGAAAUGGCUGCAAAUGCAUAUAUGUUUGGUUAUUGUGUGUAUUGCCAUCUCAAUCAUCCAGGUAAUAUUGGAUACUAAACAUAUAAUGGAAAUUGCCUUUAAUGUCGGAACGAUUAUAGUAUUAUUGAUUGAGAUAAUAGUUGUCUUCAAGUUUUACAAACAAUUGACAACUUCCGGUAUAGAAAACCAACCUACAAAUGUUUAAAUCUUGCUAUACUAUCGACGACAACAUAAGAAUUCUUUAAUCAAUCAUAAAUAUGUCAUACUGCUCAUUUUCUAAUAUCAACAACCAAUUUUCACAUUCAAUAAGGAUACAGCUGAUUGGACUAUUGUUUAAUAUCUUGAGGUACUUAAUUAUGCAGCCAUAACGUUUUAUUUUGAAAAUUAGGCAUCACCAUCGAUAGAAACAUGUUUUUAUUAUUCAUAAAUCUGACCAUUUUUUUGUUUUAUUGAUAAAUGCAUUUGUCGAUGAAUGAUUUCCAAAGAAGUUCUAACUUCGGUUAAUCUCGGUAUUAUAAAAAUUCAACAACCAAACGUAUAAAUCGGCCUUUUAGACAAGCCUAAUCUAUAGACUAUACCAAUUAACAACCCACAAAUAAUAGUGUUUCUUAAAAAUAUUAAUAAAUUACAAAACUCAUUAUUAUCAUUUGAGUAUGAUAAAUAAUUAUAAUUUAUUAUAAUUAUUAAUCAAUAGUUUUUAUGUAUGUUUAAAAUAUUAAAGAUAAUAAUGCUUUUUAAAAACCUUAAACCACACAUAAUAAUUAAUAACCUUAAGGUGCCCAUAAUUAAUUUUUACCAGUACUUUUCAAUUGCGUCCAUUUUCUAAACUACCUGAAAUAUAUAGAUACAAUAUACACAAUACAUCUUGUGUGCCAGAAAAUUUAUCAAAAAUUAAUUAGGUACAUUUAUUUUUAUUUAUACAUACGUCAUAGUAUCAUUGCCAGGAAAAUAUUAUAUUGAAAAUAUUCACUAUAUAAUUUUUACAUAUUUGUUUUAACUAAAUAAACAAAAAAUAAAAUAAGUUAAAAAAUACAAA